AUGACCACGGUGACCGCGGGCGGCAAUCGAUUGUGCCGGACAGCGGGCCGAGCGCGAACAAAGAACCGAGAGGGACCCGGGGGCGCGCGCGGUAUCCUUAAUUUCGGACAGCUUUCACCGCACACACGUACGUGGCCGGCCGAUACCGCCGCCGUCGCCGCUGUCGCUGCCACCGCCGUCUAUACGUGCGGCGAACAGCCGGCGGCGGUGCGGGUGGAUUUUGUCCACGGCGUCGGCGGGCAAAAGAGCCACGGGCGUCGCACUUUAAUGUCCGUGCGUGCGUGCGUGCGUGCGUGCGUGCGUUGGAAAUACGCGCUGGUAGAUUGGAAAAAGGGGACGCCGCCACCGCCGCCGGAAAGUGACGGGGUGCGGUAUGGUAUGGAGAGGGGUAGUGGUGGCCGGUGGUUUUUGAAAUAUAUAGAUAAAAGGGUGGAGGCGAGUUCGGCGGUGGCGGCGGCUGGCUAG